UCUUUUUCCCAAUUUUAAGAUCCAAUAAUACAAAACCCAUACCCCCUUAACCUAAAAAACUUUCUAUAUAACCAGAAAAUGAGCCUAAAAUACCUAGACCCCAAAACCUAGAGCUAGCUCAAGACCUAGAUGCCUAAUAAUCCAAUCCGCCGUUUUUGGAAAAAAAAGGACGAUCCCCAUCAGAUUUUCGUUCAUCUGCUUGAGAGUCCAAAAACCCUGGGUUUCAUCUCCUUCAUGGAAAAAGCAGCCUAAACCUAAUACCCUUAAGGAUCUGUUCUGCUUCUUCCUCAACAAAAAACCAAGGAACCCAUCUUCUUCAACGAAGGGUAUCAGCGACCAAACACCAGCCAUCGCCUCCGCUGACCCCUUUCUUCUUCUUCAUCUCGCCGGUGACGACCUCCUCCAAUUCCAGCCUGCAAUCAGCUGUUGUUGAACACCAUGAACGCAUCUGAAAUAACCACCAAAUAACAGCUUCACGAAGUUCAGCCAUUCAGUCAAUCUUUUGUUCGUGAGUUUUUAUUUUCGGUGAUAUCUCAUUGAUUGUUGGUCGAGAUCCAUCGAGGUUGCUGGCGCCGUCUUCGAUUUGUAUAUAUUUUGGGAUCGAAUCUGAGAUUCCAGCAGCAGUAGUUGUCAACGUCAGUCAUCGUUGGAGAGUCGAGGUCCUUUGUUGAGUCUUGGUCGCGAUUCUUUGCUCGAAAUUGUUUCAAUUUUCUUAUUGGAUUUCAGAUCUGAGGUGCCGGGCGAUGUUCCUGAUCUACCAGAUUGGGUGCGGAAGUUGGCAACCAACUCGACCUAUUAUGAGCGCAAGUGGCGAGCUUUGUCCCGGGGCAGAAGGGAAGCAAAACAUCAUGGUGCGUUUUGUGCUAUUUUUUCUUUUCCCUUCCUUCAUUUGUAGUUGCAUUUUCCCUUUAUGCGUAUUAAUCUUGCUAUUGUAGGCAUCGGGGAGCCUCUCGAGGAGAGGAAACACUCUUCUGGAGAGGGGGAAGGGUUGCCAGCUUUCGGGCUAAAGAACUACAACAAUAAGCGAGAGAUGGUUUUACAGGGCGAUGGCGCUCAAAGCAAGGCGAAAUGGGACCGGGGCUCCGGAGUGGGAGCAUCAUCCGAUCCUGCCGCGUCCGUGGUUCCUGAUUCUAGAAAGAUGGUUUCCCCACCGCUGUCGCCCUCUUUUUCCGUCGACAGUACUUCGAGGGAUACUAGGAACCGGGGGUCGCAUACACCGAGCGACUGUGCCUCGGCCGGAGUUGAUCCUUUCAGAGCUGGGGUAACUAGGUUGGCAGAUGUGCGCUCGGCAUUCGAGGAAGCCCAACGACUUCACUUCAUGGCCUUCGACAAGCUUAAGUCUGGGCUACUUCGUUGUGAAGCCAGGCUGUGGAAAGCUCUGGAUGAGGAGAGAUCCCUUAGGCUCCUUUGUGAUGAAAAGGAAGUCGAGUUGGUGCACUUGCGGUAUUUGCUGAGCCGGAGCUUGAAUUAUAAGAACUACUUGAAGGAGCAGUUGUAAAAAAAGAUGGAGGCCAUGGAGCACCUUUGGGAUGAAGCUGGCUGAGCCAGGCGUGAGCAUGAUAAGCUAAAAGCUCGGGCGGAGGCUCAAGCUUUA